UUUUAAUACCACAAAAAAAAUGUUUAAUUUUGGCAUGUGUAGUGCUUUUCUAUCUUCAGCUUGGACUAUGUGACUGGUACUGUGAUUGAUAGCUAAGUUAAAGGGUUGAACUGUUGUUUUUCUUGCAUGAUUCAAAACUUUUCCAAGAAAGCUAAAUCAUUGCACAGCUCCACUAUAGCUUAUAAGCAUACCUGAAUGCCCACAGUUCCUCCAAUAUUGUAUAGAAAAGAAGCAAUGUGGAGUAGUGGAUACAGAACAGGCCUCAAAGGCAAGAAGACCUUGGUUCUAGUGCAGCCUCUUAUACAUAAUAGUCGUAUGACCUUAGGCAAGACACUUAAAAGAGUUGCCAGGGCACUUAGAAACUAAGUAGCAGACAAGCUGCUGACCAUUAAGGAUAGUGGGACAUCCCUGUACCAAGAGAAAACACAAGUCCAUAAGAUCCUAGCCCUAGAUAGAGAUCUGGCCUCUACCCUGGAAAGAUUUGGGAUCUAGUCUGGCCUCUGAUUAGAUUAGCUCUGACUUCCAAGUGCUUUAGGCAACUCUCUGACUCUAAGCUACCAACCUAUGUGGGCUGAUAGUUUCCUAUACCAAUUAAACCACGGGUCCAGUCUCCAUCCCAAUCACCCUAGUUCAUUUGAUAGGCCUGAGGAUCAAAUCUCAAAGUUGUUUUAACUUAUAUACAUAAUGUAUAUAUGUAUAUUAUGCAAUUAUUAUUAGUGACCUGGAUCACUUUUUCACAGGUUGUUGAUACUUCCCAGGUUUUACUUUGCAAACUGUUCACAGCAAAAAGUUCUUCUACGUCAACAUGCAUUUAUUAACAGUUUACUAUGUGCCAGGCACUUCGCCAAGUGCUGGGAAUACUAUUUAAGAAUAGCUGGAGUGCGUGUUCAUCUGCAAACCGCAUGUAAUCCCAUACUACUAGCAGUGAUAACAGGAAGCGUUUCGAUAGUGCUUCAGAUCCGCAAAGCGCUUUCCACGUCCCGCUAUCUGAUCUCACAACAACCGCGCGAGGUGGGCGGGGCGGGCCGCGCGCCCCGCACUCCGCUGACCCCUCGUGUUAGCGACAAGUCCGCUCGUCCAAUCCUCCGAGAGAACUCGGGGCCACGCGAACCGGAAGCCUCCCCGAGCAGCCCAGCCUCUCCCACUGACUUGCUCCAGCAUGCGGGCAGAGGCGGAGGGAGGCGGUGACCUUCCCCCCACCGAAGACGGAACACGCUGCGUUUAUUAGAAGAGCGGAAGCCUCACUUCCGCCCCGCCCACUAGGACGCCGCUCUUUGGGGGGAGGGGAGGAGGUGACAGGCGGGCAGCCAGCAUUCCCCAAGUUCCCGUGUCUUUCCCCUGUGGGCUGAACAACACCAACAAAAAACAGUUAUACAAGCAAUAGAAAGGAUGGCGAAAGUUUCCCGAGCCCCAACCAGCCACGCAGUCCGCCGAAACAGUCCAGCCGAAAGCAAUUACAGGCGUCAAUCUUUUCCUCUUCGGCCCCUCCCAGAACUCGCGUUAUUUCCUUUGUUUCCGGCUUUCGACCAAUCCGGGAGGCUCCCUAAACCGACCAAUCAGGAGGCUCCCAAUAGAGCUCCACCAAUCAUAAGCUGGAGGCGGGAAAUUUAAGCGUCCCGGAGGUGGACGGUCUGACUUCAUUUUGAAAAUUGGGCGUUUCCGGUUUGGGGGGAAAAGCGGUGUUUUUAUAAUUUUCUUUCGAUAGUUUCCCCAGAUCCUUUUUUGUUUCGCAGGAAUAAGCAGGAUUGUUUUUGGAAUAAGAUGGCAUCUUCAUCAAUUCCUAUUCGCUACAGAAGGGAUACAAGCAUAGAAAUGAUAAGAACCAAAGUUGCUCGCCGAAAAUCAAUUACGUGGAAGGAAAACAGAUAUAAGAAAUAUGAACAGAAUAGACACUUUGGCUUAAUAGAUGUCAAUACCACAUCCUUAGAAGAGAGAAAUCUUCCUCCACUAGAUGAGACUGUUGAAAACAUUCUGGAAAAGGACACUGUCAAGCCAAAGUUAACUGUCAAUAGUAUACGCCAGAUGCUGAGUAAUCAGCGAAAGGAGAUGCUUCAGCAGUAUAAAGAGAAAAAGCUGCUUCAAAAAAUGAAAGAGCAGCGAGAGAAAGUCAAAGGAGGGGUAUUUAAAGUUGGGCUUUACAAACCUGACCCACCGCAGUUUCUUAGACCUCCUCCAGGACAGAAGACAGUGAAACCUGAACCAAAGAAGGCUACUCAGACCUCUGUACGGAUCACAAGGUCCAAGGCUAAAGACCAAAUGAAUCAGCCAAAGAUCUAUGUUGACCAGGUCAAUAAUGGGCACAAUAUGGAAGCAGUCCAACCUGGCCAGAAGCCAACUUCUGAACACCAUUCUAACAAGGAAAAGAAAGCUCCACAACCUGAUAUGAGAGUGACCAGAUCAGCAGCAAAGCACAUCCCUAGACUAGCUUCAUCUCUUCCAGUGAGAAGGCCAAUGCCGAAACUUGUCAGUGAAAACCAACCAGAAAGAAAAACACCAACUGAAGAAAGACCUCCUCCAAAGAUUGAACUUAAAGCAGAAAAAGUAAAGGAUCUUCCUUCCAAAGUUGGAGAGAAAGAAGAUUGCUCAAAGGACCCACUUACUGAAGGACCUUCUAAUAACUUUGGAAAAUCACCAACAGAAGAAAUUGCUGAAUUUCUUGGAAAAGAAUACUUACCUGAGACAAAUUUUGCUUCCCAAGUGAGAGAGAAAUCCUCUUUUGCACCUGAAAAUUUUGUGUUUCAACCACUAGAUAGUCUAGUGAACUAUGGAAUGAAACCCAUUUCCCCACAAAAGGAACAUACUUAUGUGGAACUUAGUUGUUUCUGGAGCCCUUUACAGAUUAAAAAUGAUAACUCUCAGGGAUCAGAAAGAGAAACUUUGAAAGAAAGUAAACCUCACUGUAAUAGCCCAGUUCAGCAGGAUCUGAUUGAUCUGCAAACUCCUCCAAGGUCCCAGGAAAUUCUGGAUAAAGAUCAUCUUUCAAAUAAAAGUGGAGGUACUAAAACAAGUUCAGAUAACCUUCCAUUAAAUGCACAUAUCCCUUUGGUUGAAAUACUUGAACAUCAAGCAGCACCACCACAUGAUGUACCAUAUUUCAGAAACAUUCUUCAAUCAGAAACUGAGAGGUUAACAGGAUGCUGCAAUGAAUGGGAAAAGAAACUUACGCUGGAUAUUCCUGAUGAUGCCAAAGAUCUCAUUUGCACAACAGUUGGUCAAACAAGACUCCUUAUAAGUGAAAGGUUCAACCAGUUUGAAGGAUUGGUGAAUGACUGUGAGUAUAAAUCUGGCCAAAAGAAGAUUACCUGCAUGGAUCUGGAUGGAUUUUGGGAUAUGGUUAAUUUUCAGGUAGAAGAUGUGAACAAAAAAUUUGAAAAACUGAGUAAGCUUCAGGAAUCAGAAUGGCAAGAAGAAAACACCAUAAGCCAAAAAGUUAUUCGGAAGAAAGCUGUCCCAGUUGAAAAAUGCAAGUCAAAACAGGAUGAUGCUGCAAGAACCGCAGCUCGAAGUCGCCUGGCUGCUCUAAAAGCUUCAAUGAAAGAGAAACUGAAGCGGGAAGAGCCUACGUUUGAGAUUGUGGCUCCUGUGGGAUCAAAAGCAAAGGAAAUUGACAAGAUAGUUUUUGAUGCCGGGUUUUUCAGAAUCGAAAGCCCAGUUAAGUCAUUCUCAGCCAUCAGUGUGUCUAAAGAGACUGUACAUAGCAAAUCAGAUGAUCCAAUUGAACACAAAACACCUGGGAAUAAGAAGUGAAAUCUUCUUGAAGGAAACUGGAAUCACUUAUGUUCCCCCCAUCUCAUUAUUUUACUAAUGUAAAAAAGCCACAAUAAACCCUGACUAAAAACUGUCAAAGCCAUUCAUAAAUAUUUUGUAAGCCUCUGUUUUCAGAGGAUUACAAAUUAGCUAUGAAAGUCUUUGUUAACACUGAGCAGCCUGGGAACAUUGUUUAUUUAAAUAUAUAUACAGAGAUUUCAUUGAUUAUUAAUGUUGGAUCGUUAUUAUUUUUAUUAUUGUGCUGUUCUUUUUUAUGUUAGAGUGAUUGUAUAUGGUAAGAUAUUUACAAAAUAGAGUAUUAAAGGGUGAAACUACUUCUGUUCAUGCUUUGAAUCUUCUUUGUGCAUAUAUGUAUGUUUGAGUUAAAUUCAACAUUAAAUAUUUCUGUAGUUGGAA